AUGUCCGCCACGAACAACUCCCCCGUGGAGGCCGCUAAGGCUGCCGUCGCUCCCCCUGCCACCCCCAGCGGCCUUCAGCUCUACUCCAAGUUCGCCUUCGCUGGUGCUGUCUGCUGCUCCGUCACCCACGGUGCUCUGACUCCCGUCGAUGUCGUCAAGACCCGUAUCCAGCUUGACCCCGUCACCUACAACCGGGGUAUGCUCGGUGGUUUCCGCCAGGUCAUUGCCAACGAGGGUGCUGGCGCUCUCCUGACUGGUUUCGGUCCUACCGCCGCCGGUUACUUCCUCCAGGGUGCCUUCAAGUUCGGAGGUUACGAGUUCUUCAAGCAGCAGUGGAUCAACCAGCUCGGAUACGAGACUGCCUCCAACAACCGCACCGCCGUCUACCUCGCCUCGUCCGCUACCGCCGAAUUCUUCGCUGAUAUCGCCCUCUGCCCUCUGGAAGCCACCCGUAUCCGUCUCGUCUCUCAGCCCACUUUCGCCUCCGGUCUCCUGAGCGGUUUCGGUAAGAUCCUCAAGAACGAGGGUAUCGGUGCUUUCUACUCUGGAUUCGGUCCCAUUCUCUUCAAGCAGGUCCCCUACACCAUGUCCAAGUUCGUCGUCUUCGAGAAGGUCUCCGAGGCUGCCUACAACUUCGUCGACAAGAACACCGCUUCCGACGGCACCAAGACCGCCGUCAACCUUGGUUCCGGUCUCAUCGCCGGUUUCGCCGCCGCUCUCGUCUCCCAGCCCGCUGACACCAUGCUCUCCAAGAUCAACAAGACCCCCGGUGAGCCCGGCGAGGGUACCGUCUCCCGUCUGUUCAAGAUCGGAAAGGAGCUUGGCUUCCGUGGCUCUUACGCCGGUAUUGGUGCCCGUCUGUUCAUGGUCGGUACCCUGACUGCCGGUCAGUUCGCCAUCUACGGUGACAUCAAGCGUCUCUUGAACGUCACUGGUGGUGUUGAGAUCGCCAAAUAG